UAAGGAGACAAAUUUCAAAAUUAAAAGCCAACUGAUUUUUAUCUUUUAAUAAAACAGAAAAUAUUACCUUUUUCUUCUUCCUCGGUUCUAUUCUGAUUUCCGAAGGCGGCGAAAUUCGAUCGGAACUCCCUCCUCUGCCUCCGCCUCCGCUGCCGCCGUUCUGUGAAUAUGAAUGGAGUAACCGAGGAGAAAUCGGAGGCUCGGCGUCUCAGAGAACUGGCAGAGAAGAGGUUUGGAGAUUCUAAUCUCAAGUCUGCUCUCAAGUACGCCAAGCGAGCUCAUCGCCUCGAUCCAAACCUUGACGGCGCCGCCGAAAUUCUCACUUCCUUUCAGAUUCUCCGAGUCGCCGCUGAGUCUCCGGACGACUGGUACCGGAUUCUUCAGGUGGAGCCAUUCGCUCACAUCAACACAAUAAAAAAACAGUACAAGAAGCUCGCUCUACUUUUGCAUCCGGAUAAGAAUCCCUAUUCCGGCUCCGAGGAGGCGUUUAAGAUCGUCGGCGAGGCGUUUCACUUUUUAUCCGAUAAGGUUAGGAGGAAGGAGUAUGAUUUGAAGCUUCGGAUUCGGAUUCAGGACGAGAAGAUUGGAGAUGCGGCUGUGGAGAGCGAGACGUUUUGGACUGCUUGCUCAACGUGCCGGCUUCUGCAUCAAUUCGAGAAGAGGUAUGUAGAGCAUACUCUAGUCUGCCCUAGCUGUAGAAAAAGUUUUAAAGCUGUUGAAGUUGUGUGUAACGAACCUGAGAUUAGGGAAAUUGGGGUCAUGGUUGGGGGUAGAAGGUUGAGGAAUUUGAGUUCUAGGCAAAAUUUUGGCAGUUUCAAAGGAUUAAACGUAUCUUUAAAUACUGUUCAAUGGAAGAGAAAUGCUGCAGUGAGUAAGAUGUAUGGUGAGAAGAAGAAAGGUCUGGAGUCAAAUGGAAAGGCUAGUUCCGUAGAAGGUGAAGUUAGAAAUGGCGAUUUGGAGGAGGGAUUUGAUGAUGAUGAUGGGAUUUGUAGAAGAAGAUUAAGAAGUGGGAUUAUGAGGAAGAAGAUGAGUAGUGUUGGUGAGGUUUUGGAGAGGUCUAAGCUAAAGCCUGUAAAAAUGGAGGAGGAAAUGACUUUGGCUGAGUUGCAGUCUCAAGUGAUUCAGAAAUCUCGAAAAGAGAAGAUGAAACUGAAGUUAAAAGAGGAGGAGGAAGCAGAAGGAGUGAACAAGAGAAAGAAACUGGUUGAGGAGAAUGACAAUGACGAUGAGAGAUUAACUUUAAAAGAGAUCGAAGGUCUACUACGGAUUCGUCGGCAAGAAACAUCAAAGAGUGCUGGGUUUUUGGAGAAUGCAAAACAAAGGAGUUCCAAGAAGAAUGUGAAUCUUGAAGCUCAGAAGAAGCAACAAGGACCUUCAUGUAAUGGUGUUGAUUUGGAUAUGAUGGUUGUGGAAGAUUCAGAUUUUUAUGAUUUUGACAAGGACAGAAUGGAGAGAAGUUUCAAAAAAGGGCAAGUGUGGGCUGUAUAUGAUGAUGAUGAUGGAAUGCCAAGGCAUUAUGGCUUAAUUGAAAAAGUUACUGUAAAUCCUUUUGAAGUGAAAAUGAGUUGGUUGGAUGUUCAAAACAAUGGAGAUGAAAGACUACUUUGUUGGGAGAAGAUGGGAUUUCAUGUAUCUUGUGGUAGAUUUAAGGUCACUAAAAAAACAACCAUUCAUUCAUUGAACAUUUUUUCUCAUGUUGUGGAUUGUGAAAGAGCAGCAAAGGAAGUCCAUAGGAUUUAUCCUAAAAAGGGAUCAGUAUGGGCACUUUACAAAGAAGAAGAAGAAGGUUUGGAUGCUGAGAAGAGAAGAAACCUUUCAAAUAAAGAGAAACGGACUUACGAUAUCGCGGUGUUUUUAACAACUUACAGUGAGAUGCAUGGUUUAAGUAUGGCUUAUCUUGAGAAGGUUAAUGGUUACAAGACCAUAUUCAAGAGAAGGGAGAUUGGUUAUCAUGCUAUUAGAUGGUUCGAAAAGGACAAUAUCCGAUUAUUUUCGCAUCAAAUUCCUGCUCGGAAGCUUUCUAUAGAUGAUGCUCUUGGGAAACUGAAGGACUGUUGGGAACUUGAUCCAGCUUCUCUUCCCUCGGAUUUGCUAACCACCUGCUGAAACAAAUAGAAUCUGAGUGAAAAAUUCCCUCCCUGCUUGUGUUCGUUGCUAUCUUAUUCUUGAUAGCCGGCUGGUUUUAGGCGAACUGACUAUCUGGUAUGUACUCACUACCCAUGUAAGUUUAGAUAAACAAUGCAUUAUGAUUUGUAGCAUAAGAGGCAUUGUGGUAUAUAAAUCAAGACAGCAGUUUUUGGCCAUGGCAGUAGUCUCUUACUAUUUCUAAUAUUGUUUGACAAAUAUCUGUAGUCUCUCUCUCCCACAGAAUUUAUGCUUAGGACACAAUUUGAAUUGAGAAGGUAUCAUCAAUUUCUAAGGAUAACGUAUUUGAUAUA